UUCCUCUCACAACUGUUGUACCUGCUUCCCCCCCCUCUCUGUCCCCGAAACUCUUUCUCGUCGUCCCAAAUUAUUUUUCCCAACUGUCAGGAUACAACCGAAUGUGGGAAUGCCAUGUUUGCUCUUUGCCUCGAUGAUCGAAUGACACUGCGCCAGCGCGUAUGAUGUACUUGCUGUACAAAACGAUAACCCGAGCGACGAUACCACCGUUUCCCAUACUACCGCGCGACGUCGAUCCUUCCGAUGAUGUAGUCGAUAACCACGAUAUUAGCGCCAUAAUUGUGGCAUCGGUGGUCCCGAUAACCAUCAUAUCUACGUUAUUUGCGUUUGCGCGGCUGUACGUCAAGGGAUGGAUCCAGCACCGGGUUCAAUAUGACGACGGGAUUCUCCUGGCAGCGGUGGUAGCAGGGUGGACGGCAACUGGAACGACCCUCAAGGCUGUCGCGCUCGGUAACGGGAAACACGUCAAUGUGCUCACCGAUGAGCAGAAGGAAGAGACGCUGAGGUGGACGAUAUUGUCGUUUGGUUUUGGGAUCAUUGCGCUUGCUUUGCCGAAGCUCGCAGUGGUGGCGCUCAUGAACCGACUUAUCAAUCCGCGACGACUUCACCGAGUUCUCUUGUGGGUGUUGGGGUUGCUGUGCUGCGUGGGACUGCUGGGAAAUGUGAUUGGGCUCUUUGCGCAGUGUCCGCAAGAGGCUGUGGUGAACAUCACGUACACGAAAACCGCCUGUCUGGGUCCGGAGAGAGCGGUUGCAUAUUCAAUAUCUACAAGUGGCAUAUCAGCUGCUACAAAUGCCUACCUCGCCAUCUAUGUGGCACUAUCUGUUCGAAGGUUGAAAAUCGCACGAAGAAAGAGGCUAGCUAUAACAAUUUCUCUUGUUCUGGGUCUACUCGCCUUAUUUACUGCUUUAUUCAAGUGCACGAGGCUAAAAUCUCUUGGAAGCCCCGACUUCACUUACGACUCAGCAGAUCUUGUAAUAUGGACGAAUCUUGAAGCAGACGUCGUCAUUAUCGCCGCCUGUAUCCCGGCCUUACAACCUCUGGUGGAUCAUCUCUUUCCGGAACACUUUUCGACACCGAUACCAUCUCCGACUAAUCCAGCUUCACCAACCUCUACCGCUUCGAGAAGAAAACUUUGGCCUGGUCCUACAUGUGGUGACCUCGAGGCCGCAAGAGAGUUCAGCCUCUCUCCUCAAGGUCCCGAGAUGAUUAUGGUCGAAAAGGAGUUUGAAAUCGCCUACAGCAGAACUACGGUGAAGAGAUCUUGCACAUCGGAUACGUGGGUUUCGGAGUUACCGGACGAGGAGAAGUUCCGGAUCGUGAAGGAUCAUGGUCCUGAUGGAUCAAUCACGACAACAGUGGUGGUGAGAUCUGCGACUCGUCCACCGGACCAUCCGGCAUUUCCGCCGCAAUGACGGAACAGAUAAUGACAGAUAGCUAGAGACUAAUACCCUUAUACAUAAUGAUCAAAGUAGUUAGUGAGUUAGCCCACAUUCAUAUUAGAGUUGUGGUAAUGAAACAAGUCGGGGUCUAUCCUUGGGACGAUACGCCUAUUUAACGUUCUCUGCUUCUUUUCCAAGGUUCA